UAUACGCCAGUGCCCGACGGCGGUCAGUGUGGUCCACCAGCGUCCGCCGCCGCUGGGCCAGCCCGACCGGCGCGCGCGCCCCUCGUGCUACCGUGCCGGCGCUCACGGCGUCCGUGACAGUGUGGGUGCCGCGCUGUGGGCUGGACACGCGAGCGGCCGUCCCCCCGCGACGCGCCGGGCACCCGGUGUUGAACAUAGGAUGGAUGCCGAUCUAUUGGAGCGCUCUGUCGCCGCGUGGGCGUCCAGAGCGGUAAUGACCGACAGUGUGUGCAGCCGGCUCAGUGAGGGUUCUGUCCACUCGGCCUGCACGGCAAUCGCUCGGCCGAGGAUGGAGGUGGUGUGUGUGAUCGACCUGCAGUCGCACGAGCGGCUCCAGCACCGCAAGAAGGCAUGGGAGGAGGUCAAACUGGCGUGCCGAGACAGCAACGCCAACUGCUCACAUAUCCAGUUCGAGAAGCUAGACUUUGGUGAGACCAAUGUCCUGGACAGCUUCUACAACGCCGACGUGGCGCUGGUCGACCUCACGGUGCAGAUGCAGCAGAGCUCGCUGUUCUACCACCUGGGUGUGCGCGAAAGCUUCGGCAUGAAGGGCAACAUCCUGCUGACGCUCGACUACAACACGGAGAUCACUGCGCCGCUCAAGGCGUCCUGCAAGAACUACGGUUUCAUCUCGUACCGUACCAACGAGCAGGGCCAGUGCUGUGUCACAGACUACUCGCCGCUCACCAACGAGGAGACGUUCGAGACGCGCGAGCAGCUCUCGAUCCGGCUCACCAGGCACCUGCAGGAUGUCGAGAUCCAGGCCAAGGUUCACAUGAAGGAGAAGUUCCUGGCCGAUCUGCGGAAGACGCGGGAGACCGUGAGCCCGCAGGAUAUGAGCAAGGCGCUCAACAACAUGCGGCGCCGGCUGGACGACCCCAACAUCCUGUCAGCGGACGUGGUGCUCAGUAUGCUACUCUCCUUCCGCGAGAUUCAGGACUACGACGCCAUGGUGAAGCUGGUCGAUGACCUGAUGACGCUGCCCAACCACAAAAAGUACACGUCGCCCGUGGCCAUCCGGCAUCUGUUCGCCUUCGCCUUGUCCAGGCGGAAGGGCGAGAACGACCGCGACCGGGCGCUGAAGGUGAUCCACGAGGCGCUGGAGCGUACCGAAAACCACGUGCCCGAUAUGCUCUGUCUGUGCGGCCGCAUCUACAAAGAUAUCUUUGUCGAGUCUGGCCACACCGACUCCGAGAGUCUGGAGAAGGCCAUCCACUGGUACCGCAAGGGCUUCGAGGUGCAGCCCAACGAGUACGCCGGCGUCAACCUGGCCACACUGCUGGUGGUGGCCGGGAACGAGUUCUCCAAGAGCCGCGAGCUGCAGCAGAUCGGCAUGACGCUCAACAACCUGAUCGGCAAGAAGGGCAGCUUGUCGACCCUGCAGGACUACUGGGACAUCGCCACCUUCUUCGAGAUCAGUGUGCUGGCCGAGAACUAUUCCAAGGCCAUCCAGGCAGCUGAGAGCAUGUUCAAGCUCAAGUCCCCCAAUUGGUACCUAAAAUCCACGAUAGGUAACAUAACGCUGAUUCAGAAGUUUCGGAAACAUUCCGAGGAGAGUGAGAAAAUCCCUGAGAUGGAGGUGUUCAACUUCUGGAUGGACUACUUCUCCGAGGGCAUCCAAGAGGAGGCGGCCGCCAUCACCAUUCGAUUCCCGGUGCUUGUGCUGGAGCCCACCAAGGAGUACAUGCCCAGCUACGUGGUGAUGAACCUGGACGCCGAGACGUCGUCCAUGCACAUCUCCAACCUCUGUCUGGACAGCCUGAAGGGCAAGUGUCGCCGGGUGCACGAGUGGGUGCUCGAGGCCACCAACAUCAAAAGCAUCAGCCAGUACAAGCGGGACGACCGGUGCGUGUUCCUGUACGUGCACCAGAACUCUGACGACUUCCAGAUGUUCUUCCCGUCGGCGACGCUGCGGCAGCGCUUCUACGACCUGGUGCUACAGAUGACGGCCGACAUGGAGGGCAUGGUGCACGACCUGGGCAACGACUGCUCGCUCGGCACCGCACCGCAGUUUGAAUACGAGGUGGACGAGGUCGGUCACCGUAUCGUGCUCGGAAAGGGUACCUACGGCGUGGUGUACGCGGCGCGCGACCUCACCACCCAGGUCCGCAUCGCCGUCAAGGAGAUCCCCGAGAAGAACCUCGGUGACGUGCAACCUCUGCACGAAGAGAUCAACCUGCACAAGCAGCUGCGCCACAGGAACAUUGUGCAAUACCUCGGAUCUGUCUCGUCGGACGGAUUCUUCAAAAUCUUCAUGGAAGAAGUGCCGGGAGGCAGUCUGUCAGCAAUGCUGAAGCUCAAGUGGGGUCCGCUGAAGAACGAGGCCACCAUCGCCUUCUACACAAAGCAGAUCCUCGAGGGCGUCAAGUACCUGCAUGACCAGAAAAUUGUGCACCGCGACAUCAAAGGCGACAACGUGUUGGUGAACACGUACAGCGGCAUGGUGAAGAUCUCCGACUUCGGCACCAGUAAGCGACUGGCCGGUCUGUGUCCGACGGCGGAGACGUUUACCGGCACGCUGCAGUACAUGGCUCCGGAGGUGAUCGACAAGGGACAACGUGGCUACGGCGCGCCGGCUGACAUCUGGUCGGUGGGCUGCACCGUGGUGGAAAUGGCCACCGGUAAACCGCCCUUCAUCGAGCUCGGAUCCCCGGAGGCAGCCAUGUUCAAGGUGGGAUUCUACAAGAUGCACCCGCAGAUCCCCGAGUCGCUCUCGGACAAGGCCAAGAAGUUCCUGCUCAGCUGCUUCGAGGCCAACCCGGAGAAGCGCGCCACUGCGGCCAUGCUCCUCGACGACCCGUUCCUGAACGAGUCCGGCAGGCAUGGCCGCAAGAAGAACCUGCGGCUGACCAUGACGGCCAACAUGGGCGAACUCAACAGGAGCAUCUCCGUACCGGCCGACCGGGUCAACAAGCAGGAGCGCGCGCUGCUGCCGCGCCUCGGCUCGUCACCCGACGAAAGCGCUUCGUACGGCGGCGCCAAGCCGUCGGGCUCCGCCGCGGCGCUUGUGGGCUCUCCUGCCUCCUGCUCGACUCUCUCCUUCUCCAGCAGUGCCGAGUUUGACGACACGGUGAUCCUGCGGCGCAACUCGUCGAUCGGUUUCAUGAGCCCUGAUGUCGACUCACCACGAGAACUAGAGGACGGCUUCUACCUGCUGAAGAAGGACUCUCACCGGCGGAUGACACUGCACCGGGUUCUCACCCAGGACCAGCCCAAGAUAGUCGACGUCUGGUACCAGUCGAUCCGAAACGAGCCGGGCAUCGGACAGAUCAUGCUCACCACGGACCAGCUGUCGCUGCUGCUGCAGGGCCUGCGCGACUUUAUCCCCGAGCAGAACAAGACGGCGCUGGAGGCGGCCAUCAACUCACUGCGCGAGGAGCUCGAGUUUGACGGCCGCGCUAUGGAUCAGAUCCACCGGGCGCUCUACCUCUUCCAGGACGCGGUGAACACUGCGCUCCGCUCUCACAACAUCAAGCCCCACUGGAUGUUCGCCCUGGACAGCCUGGUGCGCAGCGCCAUACAGAUGGCCAUCCUCAUACUGUCUCCCGAGCUGGGCGCCAACCUGCUGGGCGACCAGGAGUCGGAGGGUGACGCCGACGAGGCCGACUCGGCGGUGGGCGCGGGCGGCACGCUGCACCCGCCGGAGCCGGCCGUGGGCGCGCCGGCCGAGCCGCCAGCCGCCGCCGCCGCCGGGGCAGGGGCCGCGGCCGUGGGCCCGGCGCCCGCUGAGGAGGGCAGUACCAGCGGCGUCUCCACCAUCAACUCUGUGCGACACGACGACUACACGCCGCAGACGCUGGCCGACCUGCACCGGCUGCGCAGCGAGAACAAACGCCUGCUCAGCGAGCUGCUGGAGUCGCAGCGCGACUACAAGGAGCUGCUGCGCUGGACGCUGUCCGACAAAACGCUGCAGAUUCAGCUGCUGGCCGGCCUGUCCCCCGUCGGCCCGCAGCAGCCACACCACCGUCAGCGACAGGACACAGAGUACAGCUCUCAGGUGUCUGUGGCCGACUCGGGUAUCGCCGCCUCCCCGGUACUCCCGCCGACGGCCGGCGGCCAGCUGACAGCACCGGCGGCCGGCGCGCCGCCGCACAUCCAGGUGUCUGCCGAUUCUGACGGCUCUCUGGUCGACUGGCUGGUGCAGCACGGCGCCGACCACCUCACCGUCUCACGGUUCAUCAACGAGGGCUACCACCUGGACGAUGUGCUGGCCAUGAUGACCCGGGAGGACCUGCGGCGGCUGCACCUCAGGGGCGGCAUGGAGCUGCGGCUGUGGCGCGCACUCUGCGAGCACCGACGGAGGCCGGCGCUCUCUCGGCAAAACUCCACCUCCGAGCUGUCGGGGGAGGAGCGGCCGGCCGGCGCGGCGCCCGGCGAGCCGCAGCUGUAGGCGGCCGGCCGGCCCCCGGCCCAGGCAGCAGCGGCGGCGCGGCGGCCGCGCUAACCCGUGUAACUGGCGGCCCAUGCCGCGCCGCCCCCGUGAGACGACAGUACCUGCGGCGCGCCGCGGCGGUCCGCGACCCCGCGCGCCACGAGCGCGCCCCACAGGUGGCUAGAUAGGCUAACCGUGAGUAACGCUAGACAGAGAGCGGCGCCACGUCGGCCCGCCAGGUUGUGAUAUUAGUUAAGCCCCGAGAGCUGCUGCGAGCGAGCAGAGUAUGUCUUGCCUUCCGAGCGGUGCGUCUGACGCGGUGCCGCCCCCGGCCCGGCGGAGGUCGGCACUCGGGGGCGGCCCGCCGGCGCGGCGCCUAGUACAAAGUACCUCCCGACAAUAAGGCGACGCGCGAGGCGCCGUGGCGGGCGGCGAGUGCGCCCCGGCCGGCCGGCUGUAGAUAUUGCACCAGUACAAAUGUGAUGGCUGCCGCGCGGCGCCGGCCCGCCCGGCCGAAUGUUUCUGAAACAUGGACUAACCCGUGCCAUAGGCCGGCCGCGCACCCCGCCGCGGCGCAAACUGAGAGAGCAUAUAUCUGGUGUUUUACAUAUUAACUGUGUUACGUCCAUAACAAUGGUAAUACAUGGGUAACUGAUAACCG